UAUGGUUUCGACAGCCUAGAAGGACCUAAUCGGCACUUCCGGGAAGAUGGCGGCGCACGAGGCGGCUCUGACUCGUGUUUCCGCGGAGAGGACCCUGCUGUGAUGUGAAGGUUCGGGAGAGAAUUCUUACGAGAGCAGUCAGGAAGGAUUCGAUGGGUGAUUUGGGCACUUUCUGCUUUCCUCUUAAAUGGAUGAUAGGAACCUCCUCUCUGGCGAGGAUCUGAGCACAGUGACUUCUCUCACCAUGAGUGUCACCCCGGAGGUCAAGAGCCGGGGGAUGAAGUUUGCUGAGGAGCAGCUGCUCAAGCAUGGAUGGACUCAAGGCAAGGGCCUGGGCCGGAAGGAGGACGGCAUCACCCAGGCCCUCAGGGUGACGCUGAAGCAGGACACGCAUGGGGUGGGACACGACCCUGCCAAGGAGUUCACCAACCACUGGUGGAGUGAGCUCUUCAACCAGACUGCGGCCAGCUUGGUGGUGGAAACUAGGCAGGAUGGAGUACAGGUGCGGCGCCUUUCUAAGGAGACCACCCGUCGGAGUCAGCCCAAGCCCAACCUGCUGUAUCAGAAGUUUGUGAAGAAGGCCACCCUGACUGCAGGUGGGGAGAAGCCAGACAAGGACGCGGAAAGCUGCAGUGACGACGACAGCCAGGGGCCCCAGCCUCCAAAGAUCCUGACUGACGAGAUGCUGCUCCAAGCCUGCGAGGGACGCACCGGACACAAGGCUGCCCGUCUUGGGAUCACGAUGAAGGCCAAGCUGGCUCGGUUAGAGGCCCAGGAGCAGGCCUUCCUGGCUCAGCUCAAGGGCCAGGCCCCUGGGGCCCCUCAACGGCCGUCUGAGAACAAGCCACUCAAAACAAAGAAAAAGAAAAGGAAGCAGAAAGAGCAAGAGGCUGCAGCAACGGAAAGGAAUGCAGACAAGGAGUCCUCCGAACAUGCCGUCCGGAGCAUCAGGAAAGGCAAGAAGAAAAGACGGCGUCAAGAAGAAAAGGUCACAGAGGAGAGAGACGGAAUGGCCGUAGGGAGCGAGGAAGAGGCGAGCAGAGGACAAACAGCUCCGUCCCCCAGGAAAAGGAAGAAAAAGAGGCAGCAGCACCGCGAGGAGUUGGGGGUCACAGAUGAAGGGGCUGAGGUGGCUGGAGGUGGCAUGGGGACAGAGGCGGCGGGGAGCCGGGCACACACUGACCCGUGUGGCAGACGCAGAAGGCAGCGUGAGGACGUGCACACAGGGCGGGACGUCGAGGCCACUGUAGGUGGUGGGACCCCAGGAGUAGGAGGGGACAGCAGGCCUAGGGACAGCUCAGGGAGUGGAGGUAAGAGGAGGCAGCGACAGUCAGAGGAGGAAGGAGUGGGAGUCAGCACCCACCAGAGGGCAAAAAAGAAGAAACAGAAGAGACGGGCAGGGCGGGGCUCCAUGGAUUUCUUUUUGGGUGCCGAAGCCUGAGACCUGAGUUGAGGCAGGUCUGCACCCUGGGGUGAGGGGUCCCCCAAGGAGGGAUCUGCUCCGGAGCGGCAGUGCCAUGCCUUCCCUGGCUGCGCAUCGUCCCCUUGGCAGCUUCUGGCCCCUCGAUCAUGAACUCGGGAGCCAGGCAGCCCAGGGACAAGGAGCGCCGGGGCUGUGGGCCAGCAGUGCAGGUCCCCUGAGGGGCAGCCUUGCUAAAAGCUGAAAAGGCCGACUCUGUGAAACGCCCUGACUUCACUGCUGUGCAGGCCAAAGGGAACGAACUUAGGUCUGUGGGCCGGAACAUACGAUUCCAUGUGCUUAAAUAAACAGCUUGGGCUCUGA